ACAUUUUUUUUCUUGAUUUUUGGCCCUCGACCAAAAAAGUUUGCCCAUCCCUGCAAUAGACCAAUAAUAAUAAUCAAAUUAAUGACACAUUUGUGUCAAAGCUUACAUUUGUUUCUCAAAAGAAAAAAAAAAACUUUUAACAAUUUAUUUUAUUUAAACAAAAAUCAAAGAAACUCACUCAGAAAUUUUAUUUGACUUGUGGGAAUUAUACGCGAAAGAUUUCUGUCAGCGAAAAUGAUAAGACCUCAUCGUUAGAUUUUUGCUGAGGACCUUAGGGGAGGACAAUGAAAAUUGUGAUGGAAUCCAAAACUAAAGAUUACCGAAAUACACUUUGCAAUAACUUUUCAUAUUAAUAUUUCUUUUUCCUUUUCUAAAGGUUAGCACUGAUAAUUUGCAUAAAAGGCUAUUAAUACAUUUGAUUCACGUUCGAUUCCAUAUUGAUAAAUUAAUAAAUCUUAACGUAUAAGUUGUAAUGCCAGACUAAAUUUAACAAAUUGAAGUUUAAAAAUUCUCCAUUUUACUCGGAAGCUUGAUUUGUUCAGGAUAUGGAGAAUAAAAUUAAAACGAGGUGUAGAACUUAUCACUCUAAUUAUGAAGAAGUUCGUACUAAGAAUAGCGGUAAAGAAAGGAAGCAGCAAGGUAAGGCAACAAAAAGUAAAUUUGCUCAAAAUGACAAAACUGGAAAAGCCAAAAAAACUCAGCAAUCGUCGGAACGAUCUGAACAGGACAAAAAAAGUAAAAAUAAGAAAACUAAACAGUCAACUCGAAACAAGAAAUUGAACUCUGACAACUCAGAAAAAAGUAAUUCCAAAUCCAGAAAGAAAAUGGUAGCUGAUGAUGAAGAAGAGGAAAAUGAAAAUACAACGGAAACCGAGGAGGAAUAUCUUGAUUCUGACAGCGGCGACAGCAUUGCUGGAUAUGGAGAAGCUUGCAGAUGUUGCUCUCGUGGGGAAGUCAGACAGCUUUUUGAAAAUGCUGGAGUUGAAUUAGCUUUCCCUGAUUAUGUACCCAGGUCUCUUAACACCCAAUCACCAUAACUUAAACAGAGUUUUAAAAAACAGUAAAAUAAAAAUACUAAGUAAUAUAUACAUAUAUGGCAUUUAAUAAAUUUUUAAAAAUUAAGAGCUAUGUCUUAUUAUAAGAGUAAAAUAUGAAUUAAAACUAAGUUAUUCAAGAAGAAUUUCAGGUAAUAAAUAAAAUACUAUUCGAGAA